AUGUCCGACGGCGAGGGGGGCCCCCAGCCUUUGUUCUUCGCCCAGAGGGCCGAGGGCCUCCGCCGCCGCUGGAGGGGCCUCAGCAGCAGCAGCAGCAGCAGCAGCAGCAGCAGCAGCUUAUCUCCUCUUUGUGCUGCUUCUCUUCCCAUUUCUGUUUCGCCCAUUUCUCUAGACCCUUCAGAGCCCUCCAGUACCCCUUUGAUAUCUCGCAUGCACUCAGACUCCAGGCCCCGCACGCCUCCGGGGGGCCCCCCGAGGGGGCCCCCAAGGGCACAGCCACCGCAGCAGCAGCAGCAGCAGCAGCAGCAGCAGCAGCAGCAGCAGCAGCAGCAAGGGAGGCGCGCGCCUGGCCCCCCGCACCUCCCGCAUGAACCUGUCUAUACACCGCAGAAUGAACCGCAGGGGGGGCUGGGGGCCCCUGGGGGCCCCCCCGGGUUCACCCUUGGGGGCCCCCCGGGGGGCCCCGAGGGGGAGAAUGUUCAUGAGCUUGUGCAGUUCUCCCCUUCUCUUAAAGAGGCCCUUUCGCAAGAGCUGCAGCAAACUGGGGGCGAAGGAAGUGGGGGCCCCGAGGGGGCCCCCGGGGCCCCCGGGGGCCCCUGGGACCCUGAAGAAGUGGAAAAAGAAAUAAAUAAAAAAAGAAAAGAAUUAAAUGAAAAGCCCGAUGAUGAGGCCCUUUGCUACAGCCUUGCUGUGCUGCUGUUUAGGAGCGGCAGCAACAAAGCAGCAAUAGACACUGUUGCUGCUUUUCUGGAGAGAAACAACCCCCAAACCCUAAACCCUAAAUCAGAGUAUACGGGCCCGCCAGCGGAAACCCGCAGCCCCAAGCUGGAGCCCCCAAACCCUCAAAAGGAGCUGCUAAACCCUAAAAGGGAGUUUCUAAACCCUGGUGCAGCAGCCAAACAAAGCAGCAACGAGGGAGACACGGGAGCAGCGCCAGCAGCAGCAGCAGCAGCAGCAGCAGCAAAGGGAGAAGCAGCAGCAGCAGAAAAGGCAGACGCAGCAGCAGCAAAGGGAGAAGCAGCAGCAGCAGCUGAAGGCGAGACUGAUCCUGCAGCAACAGGACAAGAAGCAGCCACAGCUGCAGCAGCAGCAGCAGCAGCAGCAGCAGCAGCAGAUAAGCCACCUCGCUCUGCUGCUGCGGGCCAGCCCGAGUCAGCGCCGUCGCAAAGUGACGCAGCAGCAGCAGCAGCAGCAACAGCAGCAGCAGCAGCAGCAGCAGCAGCAGCAGCAGACUCAGCACCUGGGGGCUCCUCAGCUUCUAGCAAGCCCAAUACGGAGGGCCCCUCUGGUCCAGUUCCCCCACCCUCAGGGGGGCCCCAGGGGGCCCUUGGGGGCCCCCCUAAGGGGGCCCCUGGGGGCCCCCCGGGGGGCCCCCCUGGGGCCCCCCCAGAGGUGCGUGGGGCCCCCCUGGAGGCCCCCGGGGGCCCCCCAGCAGCGGGGGGCCCCCCGUCUGCUGCUGGGGGCCCCCAGGGGGGCCCCCCGGGGGCCCCCGAAUGUGAGGGUUUGGGGCCCUGUAAAGUGGAGGGUUUGGGGGGAGUGGUUUUGAGUUUGAGGAAACAUCUGAAGAGAAGAUGGAAAGACCUAAAUGAGGGUUUGGGGGCCCCCAAGUGUUUGGCUCUUGAGAAGCUGCUGGGCCAUUUGCAGUUCGAAGACGGGAACUUCCUCGAGGCUGUUCGCAGAUACUGGAGGCAAGGGGCCAUUGAUUUAAACCCCAAAGACGCGCAAAUGUUCAACUCUCUGGGUCUCGCUUACUAUGAGCUGGAAGAGCUCGAGAAAGCGGAAGCAGCCUUUGAGCAUUCGAUAAAAUUAGACGAGGAAAACACAACUGCAUUGAGUGUGCUUGCGAUGCUGCUGCUGGAUAAGGCAGCAGAAGAGGAAGAAAGGAGGUCUAUGGAGGAGCCUCACGAAGAUAGCGGUUGGCCUCCACUCUAG